UCUCGCAAAGCCGCAGCCGAGUCCCGUGGGUUCGGGAAACUGUAGCCCCGCUCUCCGCGCGUCCCCGUCCCCCCGUGGCCCCGGCCCCGGCCAUGAAGCGCUUCUUCUCCUGCUCCAGCUCACAGGUGGCGGUGGAGAGAUGGAACCGCCGUGAUCAGAAGCUGCUGGAGGCGGUGCAGCGGGGGGAUGUGGGGCGCGUGGCGGCCCUGGCCUCGAGGAAAUCGGCCCGACCCACCAAGCUGAACUUGAAUGGCCAGUCCCCGUUCCAUCUGGCAGCCUCCAAAGGCCUGACAGAAUGUCUAACCAUACUGCUUGCGAACGGGGCUGACAUCAACAGCAAGAAUGAGGACGGCAGCACUGCCCUGCACCUGGCCACCAUCUCUUGCCAGCCACAAUGUGUCAAAGUCCUGCUGCAGGUAAGAGCAACCUCUCAAUACUGCUCUUAUGAAGGGAAGAAGGGGGCCCAGAAUCUUCUAACUUGGUCUUGUAGUCAUAUGCAAUCUUUGGUCAAAUGGACCGCUCUCAUCCCCAGUAAGAGAAGUGGUCAGGGGCUUGUUCAACAUCCAGAUCCUGCCUCCCAGGCCUCUCCAUGUGAGCUUCAGGAGGGUUCUCCACCUAAGAGCCCGGGGAGAGCCGAGCCCCGGGAGGAGCAGGACGAAGAGGAAGAGGAAGACCCAUGCUCAGAUGAGUGGAAGUGGAGGUAUGAAGAGGAGCAGAGGAAGGUUUCUCAGUUGGAGCAAGAGCUAGUGCGAAAGACUGAAGAGGCGAAGGCUCAAGCUGCAGCCUACCUGGGCCUGGAGAACCAGAUUCGAGAGCAGGCGCGGGAGCUGGGGCUCCUCCUAUCUCAAGAGCCUGGAGCUCCGGGAGGGCAGGGCUCUAGGGCCCGGCCCGGGGGAGAUGGCAUGGAGCAGGGCUGUCCCUUGGGCCUGCUGGCCGAGCGCAUUCAAGACCUAAGGAAGCAGCAGUGGGCAGCCAGGCUGGUAUCAGCGUCUAAGAAGGCUGGGGAUUCAGCCUCAGGGGCGACUCAGCGUGAAAGCCACGGAAGGUUCCAGCCAGAAGACCAAGAGGCGCCCCAGAGCCCAAGGUGGGAGACUGCUGUGAGAGCCACAGGACAGCAGCUGAGCAGCAACGGGGGACAGGCCCCAGGGCCUGAGCAUACUGACAAGCCACCAGCCGGUCUGAAAGAGAGGCCCCAGGCGCCAGGGGCGGACCCAACAGGCACAGUGGCAGAGCCCGGGGCAGCCAUGACCUGGCUCCUGCUACAACUGAGUGAGGAGCUGGCUGCCGUGUGGCGAGAAAAGGAUGCUGCCUGGGGGGCUCUGUCCAGACCCGUCCUGGAGGGGGCUCUGGGGACGCCGCGGGCUGAGGCGGCAGCAGCUGCCUGGGAGAAGAUGGAGGCCAGGCUGGAGCAGGUGCUGGUGAGGCUGGAUCGGGCAAAGGCAGGAUUACAGGCCCCUGCCCAGGAGCCCAGACAGCGAGCCCCAAAGGCAGGCCCAGCGACCAUCCCCAAAGAGAAUGAAGGGAGGGAGAAGAGGGCUCCUGGGGCCCGCGGAGAGCCUCUGGGGGUCCCUGGAGGGGAACGGAUGCCCGGCGGAGGUCUGGCAAAGGGACAGCUGGAGAGGGAGGUCGCAGCCCUGAGACGGAGCAACGGUGACUUGCUGGAGGAGCUGGGGGAGCUGGGGCAGGAGAGGCAGCGGUUGCAGGGGGAGCUGCAGUCCCUGAGCCAGCGGCUGCAGCGGGAUUUCGUUCCCAAGCCAGAGGCGCAGGUCCAGCUGCAGCAGCUGCGGCGGAGUGUGGGGCUGCUGACGGAUGAACUGGCCAUGGAGAAGCAGGCCACCGAGAAGCUGCGGAAGCGCCUGGCCUCCCAGAGCAGUGGCCUCCAAGGGCUGUGGGACUCCCUGCCGCCAGACCUGGUGGGCAAGGCGGGCGCGGGGCGCGCGGCGGCGGAGCGCCUGGAGGAGCUGCAGGCCGGCAUCGGCGCCCUGGUGGAGCGGCACCGCGAGGCCGGGAAGGCGCUGGCUCGCCUGGAGGAGGAGAACCAGCAGCUGCGGGGGCCCCCCGCCCCACGCGGGCAGCCGGGCACCUUGUCGGAGGCCCCAGCACCCCUCCAGGUGGCCGCUCUGGAGCAAGACCUGGGGAAGCUGGAGGAAGAGCUGCGGGCCGUCCAGGCCACGAUGAGCGGGAAGAGCCAGGAGAUCGCGAAGCUGAAGCAGCUGCUCUACCAGGCCACCGAGGAAGUGGCCGAGCUGCGCGCCCGGGAGGCGGCCGGCCUGCGGCAGCACGAGAAAACUCGGGCCUCGCUGGUGGCCCAGGCCCAGGCUUGGGGCCAGGAGCUGAAGGCUCUGCUGGAGAAGUACAACGCGGCGUGCCGGGAGAUGGGGGAGCUGCGCGAGGCUGUGGCUGAGGAGCGCCGCCGCAGCGAGGACCUGGCGGCGCGCGCGGCCGAGCAGGAGCGCCAGGCCGCCGAGAUGCGCGCGCGCUCCCAGCAGUUUGAGAAGACCGCCGAGCAGUUCAAAGACAAGGUGGACCACCUCAUCGCGGCUUGCCGGGACAAGGAGGCCAAGAUCAAGGAAUUGUUGAAGAAGCUGGAGCAACUUUCAGCGGAGGUCUUAGCAGUUCGGGGAGAAAAUGCUCGCCUUGCCCUGCAGCUGCAGGAUUCCCAAAAGAACCACGAAGAGAUCAUCUCCACCUAUAGGAACCAUCUGCUGAAUGCUGCUCAGGGCUACAUGGAACAAGAUGUGUACAAUAUCUUGCUGCGCAUCCUCAGCAUCCAGGCGGAGUGAGGCAGCUGGUGCCCUGAGGGACGUGCGAGUUCUCUGUGGGAGUAAGAGCGUCCCUGGUUGCCAGAGACUCCACCAGGCUGUGGAGGAGGGCGGGGCUGGGGGGGGGCAGGUGGUGGGGAUGGGGGCGUGGGGUUUCACCUGACAUUAUGGACCCCAGACCUGAGAACCUGAAGCCUGGAAUCAGCACUGAUGAGACCAGAGGAGGUGCACAUGGAGGCCAGCUCUAUGGAAAAUAAAGCAGGAGACAGUG